GGGCUGGGCGGCGCGGAGGUCCGGGUGAGCUGGCCUCCGAGAGGGGACAGCCCGGCUGCACAGGGGCGCGUGCCGUGAGUACGGGCGAGCGCGUGUGCCCCACGCUUCGUCUUCCAGGCUGGCCCAGGACACGAAGCCGGAAGAGAGCUGCCGAGUGGGGGGGGAUUGUGAGCAGGGAGGAAAUCCAACUCGCCCAGCCCAGGAGCAGGCUAGGUCUUGGUGCUCUCCGCCAGAGCCUGCCCAGAGCCUGGGUGUGAGCCUGGCGUCACGUCAACGAGCAGAGGCGGCCAGGCGGGGCAGAGUGCGCGUGCGCGGCUCGCUCGCUCGCGGGGCGUGGGAGCGGGCUCGGGGCGGCGGACACGCGCGCACGCGCUCCCGGGCAGCUUGGGCGGCCGUUCCUGCCUGUCACUGCUGCGGCGCUGCUCGCUGGUCGUUCCCCUGAAGGCAGCGGAGGCGGUGGCGGCUCCAGACACCUGCGGCGGCGACCCCCCGGCGGCGGCGCGGAGAUGUGGCCCUUGGUGGCGGCGCUGUUGCUGGGCUCCUGCUGCUGCGGUUCAGCUCAACUACUGUUUAGUAAAAUCAAAUCUGUAGAAUACACCAAGUGCAAUGAAACUGUCGUCAUCCCUUGCAUCGUCCUUAAUGUGGAGGCACAAAGCACCGAAGAAAUGUACGUGAAGUGGAAGUUAAACCAAACAUAUAUUUUCAUCUAUGACGGAAGUAAAAACAACUCUACCGUAGAGACUAACUUCAGCAGUGCGAAAAUCUCAGUCUCAAACUUACUGAACGGCGAUGCCUCUUUGAAAAUGGGUAGAACUCAGGCCGUCGUGGGAAACUACACCUGUGAAGUCACAGAAUUAUCCAGAGAAGGCAAAACAGUUAUAGAGCUGAAACACCGCAUGGACUCCAACUCUAGCCACGGAGCAGACUGUUCUAACCACACAGGGGACAAGAAGGACAGAGGAGGUUGCACAUUAGCGUCAUGGUUUUCUCCAAAUGAAAAGAUCCUCAUUGUUAUUUUCCCAAUUUUGGCUAUACUCCUGUUCUGGGGAAAGUUCGGUAUUUUAACGCUUAAAUAUAAAUCCACUCGAACGAAUAAGAGAAUCAUUCUGCUGCUCGUCGCCGGGAUGGUGCUCACUGUCAUCGUCAUUGUUGGAGCCAUUCUUCUCAUACCAGGAGAAAACCCUGUAAAAAGUGCUUCUGGACUUGGCCUCAUUGUCAUCUCUAUAGGAAUAUUAAUACCGCUUCAGUACAAUGUAUUUAUGACAGCGUUUGGAAUGGCCUCUUUCACCAUUGCCAUAUUGAUCACUCAGGUGCUGGGCUACGUCCUUGCUCUGGUUGGACUGUGUCUCUGCAUCAUGGCUUGUGAGCCAGUGCACGGCCCCCUUUUGAUUUCGGGUCUGGGUAUCAUAGCUCUAGCAGAACUACUUGGCCUAGUUUAUAUGAAAUUUGUUGCUUCCAACCAGAGGACUAUACAGCCUCCUAGGAAAGCUGUAGAGGAACCCCUUAACGCAUUUAAAGAAUCAAAAGGAAUGAUGAAUGAUGAAUAAGUGAGGGGCAGUGGUGGACUGUGCCUGAAGUCCGACGUGAAGGAACACAGUGUCUAAGCACCAUGGCCCUGCUGACUCGGAGAAGAAAUCAUAAACAGCAGUAACUGACUUUCAUCUAUGGGAGGCGUGUUGGCCCAUAGAUGAUGAUCAAAGCAGCUGUAAUUUACUUAAUAAAAGAAUUAUGAUCGUGUUGUGUAA